AUGGGCAAUGGCCAAGGAAAGCCCGUCGACCUGAACGGCGAAGUGAACUUGAAUCAUUUCCGCCUGUUGCGAGUCGUCGGCCGAGGUGCCUUCGGAAAGGUGCGAAUUGUUGAGCGGAAGGACACGAACUUGUCCUUUGCCCUCAAAUAUAUCCGUAAAGAUGAAGUCGUACGAUCCGAAAGCGUGCGAAACAUCAUCCGCGAACGUCGAAUGCUGGAAUAUGUUAAUCAUCCUUUCAUUUGCAACUUGAGAUACAGUUUUCAAGAUAUUGAGUAUAUGUAUCUGGUGGUUGAUCUUAUGACUGGCGGAGAUUUACGAUUCCAUAUUUCGAGAAAGACCUUUACCGAAGAGGCUGUUAGAUUCUGGAUUGCAGAGCUCGGAUGUGCUUUGCGAUAUGUGCACAGCCAAAAUAUCAUCCAUCGAGAUAUCAAGCCCGACAAUGUCUUGCUUGAUGCGGAUGGUCAUGUCCAUUUAACAGAUUUUAACGUCGCCUCCGACGUCGUUCCAGGAAGGACACUUACUAGCAAGUCUGGCACAUUGGCUUAUCUUGCACCUGAAGUUUACGCUGGCAAAGGAUACGAUGUGCGGGCAGAUUGGUGGUCCUUGGGUGUUCUCUUCUACGAGUGUAUCUACAACAAGCGCCCCUUCGAAGGUGGUUCUGAAGGAUCUCUCAGUCAACAGAUCCAGGCCGCUUCUCCCAAAUAUCCCGUUACACAACCGCCUGUGUCCCUAGCUUGCCUCUACGCAAUCGGCUCCGCGCUCGACCCGAACCGCGAAACUCGAAUGGGCUCAACAUGGGAGAGCUUCACGCAAAACGAAUUCUUCAAGUGUUUUGAUUUCGAACUACUCGAACUUAAGAGAAUCGAACCCAUAUUUGUUCCUUCAUCCGAGAAGACCAAUUUCGAUGCCACAUACGACCUCGAAGAGUUGCUAUUAGAGGAGGCCCCACUGGAAGCCCGUGCGAGACGCCAGAAACCACGAGAGCGUCUAAAGGACGAUGCGACUGAGAAAGAGAUUAGGGAAGAUGAGCUGUAUCGCAUGAUUGAGACAGAUUUCAAGCCGUUCGACUACACAGUGGCUGCUUAUAAACGAAUCACUGAGGGCACUGGUGCAAAUCCAGAAGGUCAUCCUGACUCUGACAACGCUCCUCAAGCGAUCACAACGGAUGAAGCAACGCCUAUGCCCGCAGUCAACGGAGGUUAUCAGUCAUCACCUCUUAAUCCAAGUACCAGCAAUGAAAGCCGGCAGGGACGUCCUGUACGCCCUGCUCCGCCACCUCCGCUGCAGAAUGACUUCCGAGCUCGCCACGUCCCGAUUGUUGCCGGCCAACGGAUGACAAGUCCUACUGGGGGCGUACAAGUAACUCUCGACGGCAGUGGUAGUUGGUCUGAACUAGCUCGCCAGGAUGCAACCUUGCCUACAGAUGCUAACAAUAUUGGCGACGGCAAGAGUGAAGGCUCUGGCGGUAUGUUUGGAUUCCUCAAGGGCAAGAAGGGUCGCACAAAUAGCCCCAAGCCGAAAGAAAGGGGUGUAUUGGGCAAAGAAGGCGCGCGAGUUGUCAUCGGAUAG